AUGAAACUACUUUUAUCUCUUUGCUUACUUAUAUUUUCAACACUUUGCUAUGCAGAGGUUAAUGAUAUUAUCAGACCAAACUUUUAUUAUUUGGUUUCAUGGAGCUCAAAAGUUUGCGUUAGAGCCCCAUGUCCACAAUAUACCAUCCAAAAUUUAAAUAGUGCCACCACAAGAUCAAUUUUAGGCAUCAAUAUUCCAGCAGCAUUAAAAUCUUAUGAAAAAUAUUUAACCUUAAAUGAAUCAAACUCUGUAAUCAUUUAUGGUAAUGUUAGCCCCAGCCCACAAUAUCCAACCGAAGCAACUGACUUGAAUAUUGUUAGAGCAUUCAAGAAAUUACCAUUAGGUAAUACAGCAGCAGCAACUGACAAAUUUUAUUUAUUCACUGAUAAUGGUAUGAGAUGUGUUAAAGCACCAUGCGACAGUAUUACCGCUAUUUUAGCCAACUUGUAUGGUCAAACUCAAAAAGUCAAUACAGUUAAACAACCAUAUCAAGCAAAUGUUGGUAGUUUGUUUGAUAGUGUUUGGUUAUCAUCAAAGACUGUUAGAUCAGAUGAUAAUGGUAUCAUUGGUCAAGCUACAAUUAAUUCAAAUGGUGAGGUUAUAAUUUCAAAUUCAUAUGUUCGUUUACCAGAUCCAUCAUCCAAGUGCCCAGCAUUGCCACUCCUUAAGUGUCAAGCUAAUAAUGUUGUUAUUUAUACCAGAGAUGAAAAUAGAUGUCUUGCUGACCCAAAUUGCACCGAAAGUGGAUUCUGUACUUUAAGUAUUCCAGUAUGUCCAGAAGGAUACUACUUAGAUUCAUGGAAAGGAGCUAAAUUCGGUUGUAACAAUUAUCAUUGUGACGCUUAUUUCUUACCAAAAACCCAUUAA